AUGGUUAAAAGAAAGCUUGGGGCCUUGGAAAAGGUCGAGGCUGACCUGCCUAAUCUGCAACACAAGAUUCGUCGGGAUCCCAAGUCCUAUAUCGAGGACUUCCGCGCCCAACACUACCAAUAUGAGUCGCAUCGUGAGAUUUUCAUGGCUGCGCCCACUUCAGCUACUGAUACUGGUAUCAUCUCGCUGCGGGACUUGAUUGACUUCAUUUCCCAUGUUGCCGAUUGUUAUCCUGAGAUUCUUAAGGAUUUCCCUCAACAACUCAUUGAUAUGCUUAUGGAGCACCACUUGGUGCUGGAGUCGGAGUUGAGGGAAAAGCUGGUUGGAAGUCUGGUUCUACUGAAGAAGAAGGACCUUGUUGACUCUGCAACUCUACUUCAUACGCUCUUCCCCAUUUUGAUUUCCACACCUAGCAAGACUCUGCGCGCUUUGCUGUUCCAGAAGAUUUUGUCUGAACUUCGCACAGCCAAUUCGAAGACCAUCAACCACAAGUUGAACCGAACUAUGCAAACCGUUCUCUUCAACCUCGUCACAUCUGAUCGCACAUCCUCCAAAGCUCUUUGGGCAAUCAAGUUGACCCGUGAGCUGUGGAAGCGCCAAAUCUGGACAGAUGCCAAGACUGUUGAGGUCAUGAAGGAGGCCAGUUUAUCAUUAAAUGAGAAGGUCAUUGUAGGUGGAGUUCGCUUCUUCCUUGGUGGAGAUAAAGAGCGCGAGGAGAUGGAGGACGAGAGCAGUGAUGAGGAAAUUGAUGUUGGUCGCAUCAGGCAUCAGCUUGGAAUCAACAAGAAGACGAAGAAGAAGGCUCGUACGGCACACAAGGCAGUGCUUGCUCACAAGAAGAAGGAGAAGAAGAAGAACCAGCCCCAUCCUCUCAACUUCUCCGCACUUCACCUGCUGCACGAUCCUCAGGGCUUCGCCGACACUCUGUUCACGAAGCAUCUGCAAUCCAACAAGUCCAAGCUGAAUCUCGAGCAGAAGCUUCUGGUUCUCCAAUUGGUUUCACGACUGGUCGGUUUGCACAAGUUGCAUAUCAUGUCACUCUACUCGUACUUCCAAAAGUUCCUCACUCCUCGCCAGCCGUCGGUUACUUCAUUCUUGGCAUCUCUGGCCCAGGCAUCGCACGAUUUGGUGCCCCCAGAUGUCCUAGAGCCCUUGGUUCAGAAGAUCGCCAAUGAGUUCGUCUCGGAGGCAUCUGCCGGAGAAGUUGCCACUGCUGGUCUCAACGCCAUUCGUGAGAUCUGUGUGCGACAGCCUCUUGCUAUGAAUGAGACAUUGCUGCAGGAUCUUGUUAUGUACAAGAAGAGCAAGGAUAAGGGUGUGAUGAUGGCUUCAAAGGGUCUGUUGAGUCUUUACCGUGAUGUCGGUGCGUCUAUGCUUAAGAAGCGCGACCGUGGCAAGGAGGCCAGCAUGGGUCUUCGAUCUGGAGAGAAGGAGGAGAGACGCUUUGGUCAACAAGAGACUGGUGGUAUCGAGGGUCUGGAGCUUCUGGAGCAAUGGAAGGAGGAAGAACGCCGCAGGAAACGACAGGAGAAGGGCCUUGCAUCUGAUGCUGAGGAUGAUGAUGAAGAAGAUGAGGAGGACAACUGGGACGCCUGGAAUGUCGAAGAUGAUGACGAUAGUGAUGUCGAUGGCGAGUGGAUUAACGUCCAGAGUGAUGAUGAGAUCGAAAUCAGCGACUCAGAAGAUGAGGGCAAGGAUCGACCCUCCAAGAAGGCCAAACAGGAGGAGAAGGCCAAGGCUGAAGCUGAAGCUGAACAGCCUAAGAAGGCCGAUGAAGUCUCCAAGGAGACAGCAUUCUCCAAGUUGGCAACCACUCGCAUCCUGACCCCAGCCGAUCUGGCCAAGCUUGCCGAGCUUCGCGCCCAGGCAUCGGUGGAUGCUGCCCUAUCUGGAAACAAGCGCCGUCCCGGACAGACUGCUUCUUCCCGUCACACCGACGACCCCUUGACAGCCGAGGAGAUCGAGGGUCUUGCAGCCUUGUCUGCUGCUAAGCUCACUCGUGAGGAGAAGAUUGCCCACGCGAAGGAGGGCAAGCUUGACCGCGCCGAGCAUAAGAGUAAGGAGGCCAAGCGGAGAGAGCGCAAGCAGGAGCAAGGAAAGAGUACUACCAACAAGGAGAAGGCUCGCAAGAAGAAUUUCCUCAUGACUCUUGGCAAGGCGAGAAGCAAGAACAAGCGCAGUCUGGUGGAGACUCGGGCUGUGCUCAAGGCUCACCAUGACCGUAAGAAGCGUGGUGGAAAGAGAGGUAAUGUUGGUAAUUAA